GCGGCAAGAUAUUAUUGAUUUAUUGUUGUGAACGGCUUAUUUAAAUUUAAAGCAAUGUGAAGAAGAGUUAUCAAUUCUAUGCGCGAUAAGCCAUGACCACUAAUGGUAACGGAGGUAUCUACGCGCCUCUGAAGCAGAUAUUUUCAGAUUCGGAUUCUGAAGAUGAUCACAAGUUCGAUAAUGAAGGCCGAGUUAUGGGCACUGAGGGCUGCAAUAAUGUGGAUUUCAACAGUGGGCUACACUCUUCAAAAAACCACAGCUUGAGCGACAUAGACGAGUUUAAUACAAACGUCAAUACAGUGGAAAGCACUAUGGAUAACGUAAGUUUCUUACAGUCGGAUGUCUCGAACAAAAUGUCGUUCUCGCGCCGCUGUGCGUUUAUUGCCUCUAUUUUUAUGUGCAUCUUCACUGUAGUGAUGUUCCUAUGGGGCAUACCUUGCUCGGAAGUAGGUACCUGUGUUAAUAGUGAGUUUCAAGAUAAGACAACUAGUUGGGAGCUUCCUUAUGACGAGAUAGAGCUGUCUGGGGCUGUACAAGUUGUGGAAGCGGCAAUACCUAACACAAAAAAUUUGAUAUUCAUUUAUCGUGGUAACCUCAUGCGACAACCUGAUAAACACAUUAAUAACAAUGUCAAUGGUGUAUUGCUCAUUGUUGGAAACUCCGGCAAAGUGGGCUGGUAUACUAGAGAAGACAGAAUACCUACAGAGAUAAAUUGUCACCUUAUUGAUGUGAACAGGGACAAGCAAAAGGACUGUAUUGUGUCUGGUUCAGAAGGGUUAUUGGCAGCCCUGAAUCCACUGUCAGGAACAUACUACUGGUAUAUUCAUAAACAUGGAAAAGUGUUCAGUAACCUUGCAGCUAUAGACUUCCCCAUUGUAAUAAAGGAUAUGGAUCAAGAUAAAGUGAGUGACUUGUUAACUGUGGCCACUGUCUUCCCAAACACCAAUCACAACUCCUUGUUGAUAAUUUCUGGAUCUUCUGGCAAUAUUAUUCGAGAUCCAAUCACCAUUGACGACUGUUUGUCAGUAAAAUUGCUUACAGAGUCUGAUACAAUCACAUAUAUCUGUAAAAAUGGUACUACAGAGGCAGUUCGUUUGAUUUCUUAUGAUCUUCUCAGUAGGAAAAAUCCAAAAUUUGAUCAAUCUGCAAACAGAAUUCCAUCAGGUUCUGCUGUGAAAAAAGUUAAUCUCAGUUUGAAAAAGAGCAUUGGUAACACAAGAGAAGUAUUUACUAAUGGUCCAGGAAAACUCAUAGUUGAGAACUCUGGAGAAUGUCCAAACUCAUGUAGAGUCAGUUUAAAACUGGUGUUGGAAAGAAAUGGCACUGCUAAUACUAGUUGGGAAUACUCUGCAAACCAUGUCUAUGCAAUGAGGCCAAGUUCCUUUGCAUUUGCCAAUUCUAUAAGAGGUUUUGUGUUAAAGUUAUGACAGUGGAACAGUGCACACCUGGCAAAGGGUGCAUUGAAAAUUGAUGAAGUAAGGUACAAUGUGCAGAAUCAGAGUCCAAAAAAUACAUUUGAUGUAUUCUACUAUAGACCCACAAUAAAUGUUGCUUCAGUAUCAUCAUAUAUAC